AAAAAAUAUAUAUAUAUAUAUCUACUCAACUUAUAACACUCUUAGUAAUGUUCUCAAACUGGUUACCCGGGCAUUUCAGUAUGCUUGUGUUUGUUAGAACCACAGACUUUGUUUGACACACUUUAGUUAGAAACAAGACAAACGUCAGAACACUUCAUCCGCUUCACUUUAUCUCUGUUGCAGUUCUGUUUAAUUCAAGUGGAGUCAUUUAGUGAAGACAACAACUUGUUAACUCAGCUCACCAAUUAGGCCUGAGUACUUCUGAAACCCUAACGCCUGGUUUAUACUGGAGGGGAGAAUGUAAGGCCCGAGGGUUUGCGGCUCACAGAGGUGGUCACUGUCUGUGUGUUUCGACAAACUCCAACUGUCAUCACAUUGUCAUCCAACUAGGUUGUGCAAACGGUGUAGGAAUCUUUGCACAAUGUACACGUCCAAGGAGAACGUCCAGACAAUCACGUAUUUCUAAAGUGAGGUUGUUUAGUAAGAGUGAUACAGUACAAAGAAUGUAAACCUUUUCACAUUGGCAGCUUCAUUCACAUCUGGCUUCAACCCGUAUUUAGAUCAGCCCUCUUGACGUAAUCCCUUGAACUGAUAUGACAUCUCUUUGGUAGUGAAGUAAUUUUGCAUAUUUUCUUCCCAUUUAUUUACAUAAAGAUGGAAUUUUACAUCAACCGAAGUAAACACAGAGCAUGUAGUGUGACCAGACUUCAAUGCAUCUUACCCUCCAAAUAAGUUUGUGUUUUUCCCCUGUUGUUCAGUUGUUAGCAGCCGUAGGAGCGUCUUCUCCCCCCCCACCAGAGACUCCUCUGUGCCUGCUCGUGAGCCUCCUUCAUCAUGGUGGUCUCGCGACAGUAUAGACGAGGCUUCAGGGUCACAGCAUGUGCCGUUAACUAUGACUUGUGUGUUGAACGCACUCCCAUUUACCACACCGUCAGAACGAAGUUUCCCCAUGUCCUGCGUCAUCUAAGCAGUACAGCUGUGUCAGUGGCACUGCUCGUAUCUAUACAACAUAUAUAUAUAUAUACAAAAUACUCAACUGAAGGUACUCCAUUGCAGCCUUUUUUUUGUAUAUCACCAUGGAUUUUACAUGAGUUAUACCGUAUUCUUGUUUCUUUGUUUCGUUUCUCCAGCUUUACAGACUCAGAUGUAAAAAGAACAAAUAAUAAUAAAAAAAAAAACACUACGUGCUCGACGUGCUGAUGCUGAGCUGGGUCUCUCCAGUGGCCCGUGAGUAAGCCUGUAAAUCCUGUACACCGUCUCAACGCGUGCAUUGUUGUCUUAAUGCGUGCAUUGUCAAGUAAAUGAAGUCAAACUUCAGCCUUUUUUUUAUUUCUUUAACAUUUUAUAUCAAUUAGUCAUUUAUAUUAAUUAAAUAGUUAAAAAAAAAAAGGUUUUUCAUCUGUCUCCUUUGUUUCACCGGUCCAGAGUUUCUUCACAGAAUUUUACUGAACGUUUUUGAAAGAGUAUAACUGGUGCCCACUUUUGUCUUUGGUUUGAAUGAAACGUUUUCUCUGAGAUUAUGUGUUUCUCAGAUAUUUCAUGUCCUGUCAUUUCUUUCUUUCUGAAACAUUUUUGUUCAGACCAUUCAGACCACCUAAUAAGGCUAAAGCCAACAGAUGAUUUUUUUUUCUGAAUGCCUGACACUUGAAAGAAGACUUUAGUUUAUAAGUUUAUAAAAAUCUACUGUCUCAUAUCUGCUGCUAACACAACAAUUUCCCAAAUAUGGGAUCAAUAUAGUACAAAUUUAUUCUUUUUUAUUUUUUUCAGGAUCAACCAUAAACUGAUGCCUGUUUCAUGACUCAUUCAGUCACUGCUGCAUGUUUGACGAGCUUCCAAAACCUCUCCUAAACACAGUGUAGUGAAUGGUCUGGACCAUGUCAACUGGAGAGGAUGGUUGUGGCUAAAAGUUAAAUUCCAAAACUGCAUUUGUUUUGCUUCUAAACUGUCAUGAACCAGACGUAUGAGAGCGAACUGCUCUAUGUCUAAAUGUCUCUUCUACAGCUUUGUCUUUUUUCAGGGUCAUGGCAGGAGCUGGAACCAAUGACAAACUUAAGGCUUGUGGGCUAUGAUUUGGCCCACCGAGGCCUGCCACGGCUUAGGAUGCCCAUGGUUGAAAAAAAUCCAUAGUUUUGUACUUUGUUAUUUUGAGUCAUAGACAGUUCCUACUUCGUAUGUGUAACAAUAUUCAUAUUUUUGCUUGAUGAUAAUAUUUUUGAUUUAAUCCUGUCAAGCCCACAUCCUGACUGUUGUUCCCUAAGUGAUGGAGUUUGAUCCCCCUGAUUUUGAAUAUCCAUUUUUAUCCUGAAGCAGAAAUGCAUGGAGAAAACCUACAUGAGUACUACGUGAACUGCAUGUAAGACGGUGGAUCCAGCCGUUGAACCAGUGACAGGAGCACCAACCACUGUAUGGCUCUGACAGAUCUUGUCUCCUUGACUCCGUACAGGUACAAUCAUGUUCUUCUUACAGUUCUUUUCACUAAUUUGUUGAAUGUUCUGCACAACGCUGUGUUUCUAUCCUUUGCUGAUCCCUGACAUCUGUAUUAUAAAUGCAAUAUGCAAUAGUUAUUGACCAAAAGGUCAAAACACAGACACUUCAUUCAGGCCGUAAAAUGAAAACUGCUCAUACAGCAGAUCAUUUGGCAGUUUUUAUUGAGAAAUUAGGUUCCUGACAGUUUAAAAUGGAGUGAUUAAUAGAUUAUGGAGACCCACACAUACACUCACACACACACACACACACACACACACACACACUCCUGACGGAGCUUGGGUACUUCACAUUCAUGUAUUAACAGCUGUCAGACUAUGCAGAUAUUCAUAGUCAUCUGAUCCAGCCUGCACACACAGGCUGAUCCAUUACGUUUUAAUGCUAAUCAGAACCUGCGUCUGUCUUUUUGGACUGAACUUACCUCACACUGGAAAGGAAAUUCCUAAGCAGGAGCACUUUUCUGCUAUCAUGGAAAAUUCCUAAUUUAGUCACAUUCAACUAACACAUUUGUCUUGCUAUAUUUGGGGCAGUCCUUGGCUAAUUGAGUAGCGUUAAAUUAGCUGCAGCAAUUUCUUUGGACUAUGUCUUAAUUUUUUGAGUUGGGCAGCUAAAUAUUACCAAUUUUAUAUUUUGUUGACAUAUACGAUAGAGCUAAGUCUUGUGUUAAAUACAAAUUCAUGGUUUUAUUUUAUUUAAUUUUUUUGCACUUUGGCCAAUUCUUCAUUACCUGUUGUGUUUCAGCUUUUUUUUAGGAUAUUGUGCAACUUUUCAAAAAGCUAUUUAAUCUCUCCUGGACUAUCUUUUAGCUAGCUUCAAGCUACUGUGCUUUUUUAAAAAAAGAAUAAUUUAAACAGCACAGAGAUUCCUUUUUUUGUACUUAAACUUAAGUUAAUAUAUUACAUAGUUGUUUUGACUUUACUUAAACUGUACAAAUUGCAGACAACAAUGUCCACAACAACAAACUUUACUAUUAAGUAUAGUAAUGGAAGCCCCGCCCCCUCCUGGCCACCCGACCAAACAUUUCCUAGAUUCGCCCGUGGCUGUAGAUGAAUGGUUGUGCAUCAGCAGCAUUAGCAGCAGCAUUAGCAGCAGCAUCGUCAGUAGUGUCUGUCUCUCAUUCACUCCUCUUUCCUCGGAGCUCUGCUCCUCUAACUACAGACUUAAUCCUCUUAGUUCUCCUCAGCAGGGCGGAGCUACAGCCACUCUCACCGUAUUUACACUUUCCUCUCCGCACAGUCAGUGUGAGAAGCUCCGGUGGCCACAAGCACAAACGCACUUCGCCGCAAUGUCCACUUGUGUGUCGGGAGGAGAGUAGCUGCUGGGGAAAAGGAGGAGGCAGAGAGGGAGAAGACGGAGGAGGAGAAGGAGCAGAUGCGGUUCCGGUCAUGACUUGUACCGGGAAACAAAACUUCCUGGCGGCGUUGGUCUUGCUCUCGGUUGUCCGGCUGACUACAGGUCUCAGGUGCGUGUGCCAGCUCUGCACCGACCACGUAUGUGAAACCGGCUCGGACGGGGCCUGCUGGAACUCCGUGAUGUUGAUCGAUGGGAAGGAGGAGACGGUGAAGUCCUGCCUGACGCCCUCGGAGAUGAAGGGCCAAGUGUUCUGUUACAGCUCCCGCAAUGUCUCCAAGAGGAACUGCUGCUUCACCGACUUCUGCAACAACGAGACACUGCACCUGCACUCAGAGAGGCCUUUAGGGGAAGAACAAAACUGGAGCAGGCUGCAGCUCACUCUGGUCAUCCUGGUUCCAUCCUGCCUUCUGCUGUUGGGGAUCCUUGCCACUGUGUUUUUUGUACAGGGCAACCUGUGUGCCUACAGCCGCUCCCACAUACAGGACCCUGAAGACCGCCUGGAUGAUCACACCUUAAUGUCCCCGGACAAAUGUCUUAAAGAGCUGAUCUACGACAUGAGCACCUCGGGUUCAGGAUCAGGUUUACCACACCUGGUCCAGAGAACCAUAGCUCGGACCAUUGUGCUGCAGGAGACCAUAGGGAAGGGUCGAUUUGGCGAAGUGUGGCGAGGCAAGUGGCGAGGGGAGGAUGUGGCGGUGAAGAUCUUCUCCACCAGGGACGAGAGCUCAUGGUUCCGUGAGGCCGAGAUCUAUCAGACCAUCAUGCUCAGACAUGAGAACAUACUUGGAUUCAUUGCUGCCGACAACAAAGAUAAUGGCCUGUGGACUCAGCUCUGGUUGGUGUCAGAGUACCAUGAACACGGCUCACUGUACGACUACCUGAGCAGAUACACAGUCUCUGUGGAAGCUAUGAUCGUCCUGGCUCUGUCUGUGGCCAGUGGCCUGGCUCACCUCCACAUGGAAAUCAUUGGAACACAAGGAAAGCCGGCCAUCGCUCACAGAGACCUGAAGUCUAAAAAUGUCCUGGUGAAGAAGAACGGUGUUGCAGCCAUUGCUGACCUGGGUUUGGCCGUGAAACAUGACUCUGUCACCAACACCAUAGACAUACCAUCCAACCACAGAGUGGGAACCAAGAGGUACAUGGCUCCAGAAAUCCUGGAUGAGACGAUCGAUAUCAACAACUUUGAGUCGUUCAAGCGAGUGGACAUCUAUUCGCUCGGUCUAGUUUUCUGGGAACUUGCUCGAAGAUGUUCUGUUAGAGAACUUAAUGAAGAUUUCCAGCUGCCUUAUUACGACCUUGUGCCUUCAGACCCAUCCAUCGAGGACAUGAGGAAAGUGGUGUGUGACCAGAAACUUCGACCCAACAUACCCAACCAGUGGCAGAGUUGUGAGGCCCUUCGUGUGAUGGGUAAACUGAUGAGGGAGUGCUGGUACGCUAACUCCGCUGCUCGACUCACAGCUCUACGGGUCAAGAAGUCUCUGUCUCAGCUGUCGGUGGUCAAAGACGUCAAAGGCCAGCAGCAAUGAAAGGAACUUGGAGAAACAUUUCUC